AUGUGAAGGAAAGCCACGCCCGAUGCGCCGGGUGUCGCGGGAGUUGUCUUCCGGGAUAAACACACCGCUGUACUGUCGGCUUACCCAUUCCUCGCCAGGCACCGCCCACACCUGCCUUCGUUUCUUCAAUUCAUCAAAGGUUGAAAAUUAAGAAAGGUUAAACGGUUGUAAUCACACAAGGCAAGCACGAUGUUGGAAGAAGAUAUGGAAGUGGCCAUUAAAGUGGUGGUAGUAGGGAAUGGUGCUGUUGGAAAAUCGAGCAUGAUACAAAGAUACUGCAAAGGCAUAUUUACAAAGGAUUACAAGAAGACCAUUGGAGUAGAUUUUCUGGAAAGGCAAAUUCAGAUAAAUGAGGAAGAUGUUCGGCUUAUGCUGUGGGACACAGCUGGACAAGAAGAAUUUGAUGCAAUUACUAAAGCAUACUACCGAGGUGCCCAGUCUUGUGUAUUGGUAUUUUCUACAACAGACAGGGAAUCUUUUGAAGCAGUGCCCAGCUGGAGGGAGAAAGUAAUGGCUGAAGUUGGGGACAUUCCAACAGUUCUUGUUCAGAAUAAAAUUGACCUGCUUGAUGACUUGGUUAUUAAGAAUGAAGAGGCAGAAGCUCUUGCCAAGAGGUUAAAACUGCGAUUUUACAGGACAUCUGUUAAGGAAGAUCUAAAUGUUACUGAAGUUUUUAAAUAUUUGGCUGACAAGUAUUUGCAAAGGCUAAAGCAACAGACAGCAGAAGACACAGAAGUUCUACACACAGGUGGCAACAAAAUAGGGGUAUUUAAUACAGCAGGUGGCAGCCACUCUGGCCCAAAGGCUGAUGCUAUGAAUGGAGGGAAUGUAAUUAGUCUACGGCCAAACAAGCAGAGGACCAAGAAGAACAAAAGUCCUUUCAGCAGUUGUAGCCUGCUCUAGAACUGUUCUGUACAAAUAACAAAAAUAGGUGAACUGCAAACCGGGGACUACAGUGCAAUUACUUUAACACAGGAAUACAGCCACUUCCGGAAAAAGUUCGAGAGGGAUGCCUCAGAAGAAUUGUUAUGUGGACUCUUAUGCCACCUAGUGUUUGACAAUGACAUCACAAUUUAUAAACUGUUAAAAGGUUUCUCAACCGAAAAAAAAAUGCUGCCCAAUUUUUUAUUUUUAUUUUUUGUGAUAUUGAACAAACCCAUAAACUGGUACUAACUAGUAUUUAAACUAAAUUCGUUAUUUAAUAUGAGAGAUUAUUGACCUAGUUGCAAAUACCAUGGAAUAACAUGGUAAACACUACUUGUACCUGUGCAAUAUUAAUCUAACACACAAGAUAUUUCCUACAGUCUAUCUUCCCAUCAAGGAUGUUUAUUGCCAUUUUCAUUAAAUCUGAUACUUAUAUUUUUCAUAUAAUAUUUAAUAUUCAAUUCUAAAAGGAUGUGCUGAUAUAAAUGUUUUGGGACAUUAAUUAAUGUACUGAUGUGCAUAGUGCCAAACUCCUUGCCAUUGCGCUGCUAAUAUAAGUUUUGGGUUUGUUUUGUUUUUUAAAUGACUAUUCAUUAAAUAUAUUCUAUUCACACUGUAAUAAGAGGCUGGUAUGAGGCUGUUAGCCUAUACUGCAGACUGGUAUAAGGAGAAAAGUUCCACAUUUUCCCAAGCAAACCACUGUUUAUUUCCUCUGUGGCUAUUAUCUAUAUUACACAAAUUUGAAUGACAGACUGGUAUCUGUGGAUAUACUUUUAAAGGAUUUGUCUAUCCUAAAGCUGACAUUGUUGUGUUCCUAUUCAGUGGGUCCCCUUUCAUUGUGCAGUGUCAAUCCUUUUCUUACAUUGUCCAUAAUUUAAAGUAAAAUCCAUCAGCAUUUCUCCAAGUAAUGGCUGCAACUGGUGGUUUGAUCUGGUAACUGUCUGGAGUCCAUAGGGGAAUAUACCAUGUCUGUGGGUUAAUAUUUACAACAAUCUAAAUCUGCAAUGUUAAUUUUUUGGUGGACUCCUCAUAUCAGACAUUCCUUCCUGUCCAUGUCUUAAAGAUGUUUUGUAUAAACAAAUUUCACACAGAAGCCUUGUGUAGUCUCUUGAGUGGCCUGAUUAUUUUACUGUUCUUUAAAAGAUUUUUUUUCAUGGCUUUGUUUAGUAUUUGUAUGCUAAAAAAUCUAUUAGUUUACAGCAUAGUCUGGUUUGAAUUCUGAAUUGGGUUGUAACUAGCACACCCUCAGUCAUUAUCAAAUGAUCACCUCUUAUAGAUCUGUCUUGUGUAACCUAUACAUAUAAAUAUUAUGAGGUUUAUGCUAAAGUUGGAAUACUUUAGCCAGACCAUCGCCUUUCUAUUUUUAAAAGACGUUUGGAAUGUUGCGUAUCAAUGCCUCUUUGUGUUAAUGUAUAGUACAUUGUAGUGAUUGGAGGGUGACUACGUAUGCUAAAGAUGUAUGGAUCAAAUUAAACUAACUGGUUGUUUUUUUUUAUAAAUGGGGCACCACCAAGACCUCCCUGUUAAAUUAUUUUUAUAGGCUUGUUAAUCCCAUCCACUGUAAGAAGUCAAAUCUUUACAAUGCCAGUUACAAGGACCAGGCACUAAAACGUUGUAAAUAUCCCAUAAUGCCGGAAUAGAGAAUGCCCACCAGAACCUACUGGAUAAUUUUCCAGCCACAUACAAAGUCUGCUAGUUUCGAAAAUACACUCACAAAUGCUAAUUGUUUACAUUGCAUUCGUAGAAGCGCAUGGUUACCUAUAUUUUAUUUGUUUGGCAGCGUUUGCCAUUGGACCAGCUUAAGCUUCAAAAUGGAUAACACAAAGACAAACCUCAACUCAGGUGCACUUUACUUACUAAAUUUACCAAACCAGCCCACACAUCAGUCUGGAAUCUGCAGAGUUUUAAUAUGCACAGAAUGUUCUGCUUGUACAGAAUCGGUGUGAGAGCUGUUGCGACCAUUAAUCAUUUAUUAUUCACACUACAGCCCAUUGUGGGGUUUAACGUGUAACUUGAGGCAUAUCCUUUCUUCCCUCCCCCCCUUUUUCUUUUUUUUCCGUUUUGGAUAGAGUGUAGAGGGAUUAGAACACAUGUCUAUUUUUUACUGCUAUCUGUGCCCAUGUUAGGAAGAUUCACCCUCUCUAUUUGUCCUGUUAAUCAUGAUCAUUGAAAGUUUUUUGAGUUGACAUCAGGGCAAUCUUCCAAUGGGAACACUAGUUCUGGUGACACACCAGGAUUCCCUGGCUUUGGAGAGAUUUCCUGUUUUGGCUAUGGGACAGGGAAUGAAGGAAAAUUUCCCCAAUGGGACACCGAUGGCAAAAAACCUGAUGGGAGUUUAUAACCCUCCCUACUCUGUUUAAAAAGGGUGGGGGGGAUGUGUUGCCUUUAGUUAAACUUUUAAAGGAUUUCAUGGUAAAAUUUCUUGUUUAGGAUGGUUUAAAGCAGAAUACAAGUUUGAGUAUCUGUAUAUUAACAAUGGAAUAUUUAUUAUCUUGUAUAAAUAAACCACUUUGAAAAACUGUCA